GAGCUUGGAUUCCGGAGUUCCAGUGCAGAUCGAACCCCGUCCUGAAGGGGAGGAUGCCAGCGCCACCAUACCCCUACUGCAGCUCAUUGAACAGUUACUGAGGAACUCAUGCCUGCACACCCAGCUGCUGCUCCAUAACCUGGCCCGUGAUGGUGUGGUCAAGAUGGAGGAUGCGGUGGUGCGUGACUCCUCCCCCAGCCUUGACCUGCUCCUACAGUUCCAGAGGCUGCUGGUAGCCAGAAUGUUCCCCAAACAGGGCUUCCUCACUGUGCCUUCAGAUCUCGAUUCUGAGUUGCUCGGCUGUGGAUCCCUGCUGAGGAAGUACAUAGGGCUACUGUGUAACCAUGUGACUGACAUACUGCCGCUGGGCUCAAGUCUGGCCUCCAACAGUGGCAAGCACUUCUCUCUUGUGUCCAGGAUUAUCACGAGCGAUGUCACAGGGGUGUUACUGCCGGAGCUGUUGACCUGCCUAGUGCUGCUGCAGCUGAAAAGUCCGGUUGUCGUGGAGACGGCUGGUGCGGUUCCCGUCUUGGAGCAGAUACUGGACAUCCUGGACAAGUUCAACACGCUGGCUCCUGGCCUAUAUAGGGAGGAGAAGGAGGACCUGGCGUGGCCCGGCGUAUGGAGUCAGAACAGUGACAAGGUGUCCCACAAGUCUCCAGAGGAUGUUCAGGUGAUCCGCAGAGCUGACCUUGAGAACCACAACAAGGAUGGGGGCAUGUGGAUCGUCCUGCAUGGCAAGGUCUAUGACAUCCAGGACUUCAAGACAAAGGCCCCAUGUGGCUGGGAAGUGCUGACAGCAUCGGCAGGCCUAGACGCCACAGUGGCAUUUGAGAACGCCCACCACUCCCUGGAGGCGCGAGAGAUGAUGCAGGCUUUCUAUGUGGGACAGUAUGUCGAGCCUGACAAGGACAUCAUACAGCUAACUGACACGAGCAACGCCUCGUCCCCCCUGAUGGACACCGAGCGAACCCUGAGCCUCCUUCUGGGCCUGCAUGCCUCCCACCUGGCGCGCUCCACCCCGCUGUCUGGAGAGGAGACAGACUGCAGUCACUGGCUAGAGUCAGACUUCUUCCGUGGAGGGCUGCAGGUGCUUCAGUCACUGAGGAAUCCAUUCGAGGAGGAGAAGGGGGAGAGCAGGUCGUCCAGUGUAACCACCACCCCGGGCACAGGUGGAGGUAUGCAGGCGUCAUCUGAGAUCACGCCCACCAGCCACACUGAGAAGGAGGUCCUGUUUGACCGACAGAAUUCGCUACCGGACGCCUCAAGAACCUUCCUGGUGGCUCUGGCAGAGGGCCGCAGUCAGGACCCUGCGGUGAAGGCGUUCCUUGCCAUGAGUGAGCGGUACUCGAGGCAACACAACAUCUCCCUGCCUGGAAGCUUCACUGCUGAUCAUCCGGUCGAGGAAGUUGGAAGACUAUUGCUAGCCCUGCUGAUCAAGCACCUCGACCUGGGUCACGUGGUGUUGGGGCUGGUUGACCCCACAACCCAGGCCGGAGACAUCACCAAGCAGACCCUGCCCCGCUCCAUCAUAGAGCUGCUAAGGGUUGUUGGUCAGGUCAAACGAGCGCUCAUUAAGGCCCAUCAAGACCAGGCUGGGUCCUACAAGGAAGUGUGCACUCCAGUCAUUGAACGAUGUCACUUCCUGUUCAAAGAGCUCAGGUCGGCGAUGCGCAACAACAUGAAUGACCUGAACAACUCACGUCUGCUGCACUCGACCUCCAGAUGGGACAUUGCCAUCAACUCUGUCCUGGAAAACAUCAGGAAGCAAAAAGCUGCUGUUAAGGCUUCUGGCACAGCAGGUGGCACAGAUUCUACAGCUGAUAAGCCUCGACAGGCGGGGCAGUUUGGAGCAGUCAAAGGCCAAGAUGUCGGCCAAUCAGAGGCGUCGGCUGGUCAGAUGGGUGGAGCCUCCGCUGGUGACAGGCAGGCAGGGGCAGAGUCAGGUGUCAAGGUUUACGGGAAGGGGGAGGUCCCCACCAUUGAGGAGGAGUGGUCAGAUAGUGGAGUGCAGGACGCCAGGGAGAAACUCACGCUGGAAAACAUGGACACCAAGUCACAUUCCAGGAGAAAGCAUGGCAAAUAUAAGAAGAAAGAGUCCCUGGAACAACUGUCUAAGGAAAUUGCCAGCGCCAACAGACUGAAUUGGUUGAAGCAGCGAAUGACGGGCAGUAGAGACCGGGCCGACAUGCCUCUCGUGAACAAGAUUGUGGAGUUUGUGAUGAACAAGGAUCACAUUGAUAUCGAGAAGUUGAGGAAAUCACUUUACCACCAGGUCCACCGAGCUGAGAACCGCCUGAAGGGGAUCCAGAUGAUGCUGUCGCUGGUACACAAGGAGCACCUCGUCUCCUCGGUGAAGUACAACCUGCUCUGUGGCUGGCAGGGACUGCUCACCAUGGGACACAGGAUCUGCAAGCCGAUGCCCCAUUGUCUGACGGACAUUCCUCUUAUCCCCCCAUGUGACCGCAUCCUGCUGCAGAUGACUUUCUCUGAGCUGUUCAGAUGGUCCAUCACACAGCUGCGACAGUACAUCCACCAGGUCGACAUGACCUUCAAGGCAAGAGGAGUUAACCCCAUGAUGCCCAACUUUAACAGCAAGGACAAUACAAAGGAGAAGCUUAAGAUUGGAAUGCUGCCCCAGGCGCGGUUCAUCCUGGCCCACCUCGGCUUGCUGGUGUCCUCUCACCAGGGCAACAGCCUCAGCCUGCUCAUGAACAACGGGCUCCUAGCUCUCACCCAGAGCAUCCUCAGGCUCAUUGGUCCCGACCCUGACCGUCCGGUACAUGAGAUGGCCCCAAGCAUCUGUGCGAUACUGGAGGAUCAGAGGCACAAGAAGCAGUCAGCCCCCGCCCCCCUGUCGGGACCAGAGUUGGCUGCACUCAUGAAGGUCGGCAGUCGUGUUGUACGCGGGCAGGACUGGAAAUGGGGAGACCAGGACGGUCCCCCACCAAGCCUUGGCCGUGUGGUUGGAGAGCUGGGUAACGAUGGGUGGAUACGUAUCCAGUGGGACUCUGGCAGCACUAACAGCUACAGGAUGGGCAAGGAGGGCAAGUAUGACCUCAAGUUGGCCGACCCACCGGAGCUGCCGGAGAAUGAGGAGGAGGAGGAGGAGGACAAAACAACAACCAAAGAGUCAGUGAAGACUGACAUCUGCAAGGAUCCCACAGUGUUGGUGAGGAAAGAGACAUUGAACCUGCUGAGAACGGUAUCCAUAGCGACUGGGCUGUUCUCGGAGACGACUCAAAAAGAGGCUGUGUCGGCUCUGUGUGGACUGAUGAGGAACAUAGUGGACUGCGGCUGUAACUAUGGACUCAACAUCAACACGGCGUCAAUUCAGAUUGCCUGUGAGCAGCACUACAGCUGGUGCAGUCUGGGAUUCCUGCGUAGCAUCGCCACGGACAAGACCAUCUGUCACGCCAUGUCCUCACAUCGCUGGGUUGACCUCCUGUUGAAAAUCCUCGAGGAGGGCAAGGCUCAUAAGCAGGCCAACGUGUCCAAAGAGAUACUGACCAUCAAGCUGCUGUCGAGAGUGCUUCCCUCCUGGACCACUGAUACGGACAUUUCCCGCGUGAAAACCAUCGUGAACAGACUUCUCAACCUGCUAGGGAGCAUACUGGUCUCCUGUACUGCAGACCCAACCCUUCUCUCCAACGAUGAUGACACACCGAGACGCCGGCAGAAAGCCCCAGUCUCACUGACUGCCUCCUACACCAGCACAAUAGCAGAGGAACUGGUUCAGUUGCUACGGAAACUGCACACCCUGGAAACAUGGAAUAUCUCCAUCAAUGAAUAUCUGGUCAAACACAUGAAGACUGUGCCAAAUAUUCUGCUGGACCAGGUCACAGUGAUUAAGAAUGACCCUAGCUAUCAGAUAGACGAGGGUUCUGUGCUGGCGAUGAUGGCCAUCAUUGGAGGGGUGGAUGGUCGCCCGCGUUUAGGCGGCCAUGUUAUAGUUGAGGACCAGGGGGAGGGGAUGAUCUCCCGUAUCACUCCUAUGGGCAAGAUACUGAUACAGAUGGAGGAGGGCAUUGUGACUGUCAGCAAACUCAGCUCCCUCACUCCGGUUCCUGGCCUGGAGUUUGAUGUGGCCCACAUGCCGCUGACAGGAGAUGUGAUCCGUAUGUGGGGUACCAUCCUGUCCCUAGCAUGUCACAACUUCCGCCAGGAGAGAGACGGUAGGGACUCGGACAGAGCUCCCCUGGCUGCAAGCACCACCACCAUGGACUCUGAAGUUCACAAGGUGGACAUGCUGGAGCUUGGCAAGCAGCAGGUGAAGCUGGGCCUCCUGCGGUCCUCGCGAGUCCUUCUAAAGCACCAGCACAUCCUGCGUAAGAUUGUCUCCCAGAGCCUCAUUCCUGAGGUGGCCAAUCGUGAGGCAGAGGCCCGAACAGAGGAGGAGCCUGUACCAGAGAGCCCGGGACUCAUUCUGCAGCAGAUCCUGGUGUCUGCCACCCAGGCCUCGCCUCUCAAGGCAAUCUUCACUAGAGAGGAAAUGGAGGCUGCCUGUCUGUCCGUGAGCCAAUACCUGACAGCGGCCAGGGACCUGUAUGGAGAGGAGGAGGAGAUUGAAGAAUCUGACACCGAGAUGGAACCCCCCAUCCUCGUGCUACAUUCUGACACAUCCUCAGAGCCAGUUGUCAUGGAGACCAACCAGCCUGCGCAGGUCCCCACAGUGCUGGGAAAACCGAGGAUGAAAAAGACUCGUCAAGAGAUUCUGCCCCCUCUGCCAGAGGUCAUGCGUAUCAUGGAAAUGGGGUUCCAGAGGAGACAAGUGGAAUAUGCCAUCAAAGCCCUGGGCCACUCCGGCGGUGCUACUGACAUGCCUGCGGCCAACACUGUGGUCAACUGGCUUCUAGAGCACAUAGAGUCCCUGCCUAUGGAUCAGUCCUCGGACUCUCAGAGUGACUCGUCUGUGGACUACGACACAGAUACGGACUCCACAUCCGAGUUUGAGGAGUUGGACACUUCUGGAGAGAUGCUUAUGUCAAUGAUGGGCAGUGGAAGCACAGAUGCUGUUGGCCCAGCCCAGAUAUUCAAGGGUCGUCAUGAUUUUGCAAGGGACGAGGACUAUGCAAUGUACGUGAGGGACAACAUCCAGCUGGGCAUGAUGGUGCGGUGUUGUCAUGGUUACGAGGAGGUUCACGAGGGAGACAUUGGCAAAGUGGUCAAGCUGGACCGAGAUGGUCUACAGGACCUUAACAUCCAGGCUGACUGGCAGGUGAAGGGAGGCACAUACUGGGUCCGCUAUGUGCAUGUCCAGAUACAGGGAUUCCCUACCACAGUAUCUAACAUCAAGGUGGGAGACAAGGUUCGUGUGAAACCCAGUGUGGUGACCCCCACCUACAAGUGGGGCUCUGUGACCCACCGCAGCGUGGGCACGGUGUCCAGCAUUCUGUCCAACGGGCGAGACAUUAUCGUGGAAUUCCCCCAGCAAGCCCACUGGACUGGCAUGGUGGAGGAGAUGGAGCUGGUACCCAGCACACACUCUGGAGUCGGGUGUGACGGCUGUGAGAUGCUGCCUAUAGUGGGGGUACGCUACAAGUGCAGGGUAUGCACGGACUACAACUUCUGUGAGAACUGCUUCAAAACCAAGAAGCACAUCCAUCAGUUCAACCGCAUUGUGGAGCCAGGCACCCCUGCCACCCCUGCUGGUAAGCCUGGCAAGCAGAAGAAGCGUCCGCUGUACCCUGCGAGUGGUGCCCUCCUGGAGGACUGGCAGAUGUGCGUGAAGAACCUCACGGUCUCCUCCAGGGAGAACCAGGCACUGAAACUGCUCGAAGGAAAUGCCGGGCACUGGCAGAGUGCUGGCUCUCAGGGCAAGCACUGGAUUCGACUAGAGAUGAUGCCAGACAUCCUUGUAAAUCGUCUGACGAUGCGUGUGGAGCCAUCAGACUCGAGCUACAUGCCCUCCCUGGUUGUGGUGAGCGGCGGGGAGACGAUACACGGACUGAAGGAGAUUCGGACCAUCAACAUUGGCUCCUCUGACUCCGUCGUCACACUUCUACAGGAAAUCCCUGAUUACUACCACUUCAUUGAGAUUGCAAUAAAGCAGUGUAGACAGAGCGGCAUUGACUGUAAGAUCCAUGGCCUCUCAUUGAUUGGUCGGUUCCGCUCGGAUGACGAUAGUGCGGCCGGAUUCAUGUUCCUGGCCUCAGACCGUGAGGAAGAAGACAGCCAGAAUGUGCCCACACCAAUGGUCAAGGCCGCCAAGGGUGGUGCCAAGGAUGUGCAGACUUAUGUGUUCACCUGGGGCCUCAAUGACAAAGACCAGCUGGGUGGACCUAAAGGCUCAAAGAUCAAGUUACCGAUACUGAAUGAUACCCUAUCCAGUCUAAAGUGUGUGCAGAUUAAUGGAGGAUCCAAGUCCCUCUUCUGUGUGAGCCAGGAUGGGAAGGUGUAUGCUUGUGGUGAGGCGACCAAUGGGAGACUGGGCCUGGGGGUCAGUACGGGUACAGUGUCUGUCCCCCGACAGCUAGUCUCACUCAGUCAGUAUGUCAUCAAGAAAGUGGCAGUGCACUCAGGGGGCAGACAUGCCCUGGCCCUGACAGUGGAUGGCAAGGUGUUCUCAUGGGGAGAGGGAGACGAUGGCAAGCUGGGGCACUCCAGUAGAACCAACUGUGAUAAACCGAAGCUAAUUGAAGCCCUGAAGAAUAAACGUGUGAGGGACAUUGCUUGUGGCAGCUCACACAGUGCGGCCAUCACGUCCAAUGGUGACCUGUACACGUGGGGACUUGGGGAGUAUGGCAGACUGGGGCACGGGGAUAACAACUCCCAGAUCAAACCAAAACAGGUGACAGAGUUGGCAGGUCAGCGGGUGAUCCAGGUAGCAUGUGGUAGCAGGGACGCCCAGACACUGGCCCUCACUGACGAUGGUGUUGUGUACUCAUGGGGGGACGGAGACUUUGGCAAACUGGGGCGGGGCGGCAGUGAGGGAUGUAAUGUACCCAGAGAGGUGGACAGACUGCGUGGCCAAGGUGUGGUACAGAUAGAGUGUGGAGCCCAGUUCUCUCUGGCUAGAACACUCGUUGGACAGGUGUGGACUUGGGGCAAAGGUGACUAUUUCCGGCUGGGUAAUGGUACGGAUGCCCAUGUACGUCGCCCCACUCUGGUUGAUGGGCUGGUGGGUAAGAAGAUCAUCCAUGUAGCUGUGGGAGCACUGCACUGCCUCGCAGUCACAGAGACAGGCCAGGUGUACGCCUGGGGUGACAAUGACCAUGGCCAGCAAGGUAAUGGUACAACGACAGUCAACCGCAAACCUGCCCUCGUUCAUGGCCUGGAAGGUCACAAGAUCACCAAGGUCGCAUGCGGCUCUUCCCACUCCAUUGCCUGGGCAACCACUGACCUUUCUGCACCUAUAACCCAUGAACCAGUACUCUUUUCAUCGUCAAGGGACCCACUUGGAGCUUCAGACCUGGGUCUAGUAGAGAGUAACAAUGAAGACCCUACCUCCGUCACGGCUCCGUCCUCUAUGUGCAAGAUGCCACGCCCCUCUCUGGCCAAGGUCAUUCUUUCCCAGGAGACCGACUACGGCAAACAGAUAGCACUCUCCAAUGUACUACAGUCGUUACAGAUCAUGUAUGCCAGAGACGCAGUGGUGAGCCUCUUACAGAAGGAGAUGGCAGUUCAGCACACCUCCACCUCCCAGAGCAUGUCCACGUCCCAGGGUCAGCCUGCACACAGUGCCAUGCCCCUCCCCGCCCUCGAGGGGUCCAUGGUUGCCUCCACCUCCACUCUGCCCCCCGAGGGACCCCUAGGGGCCGUAGUGGACCACACAGACAUCAACCUGGCCAUACUGGAGGCUUCAAACGAGGCUCCUGCCACAGAAGAUUUUUCCCCGUUUCCCAGCAUGCAUGAGCUGGCAUCCAAGUCCAAGGUUGCGAGCAUCAUGGCAGAGACAUUCACCACUCCGGAGGAUGUGACCAAUACACCUGAGGAAACUAGCCAGAUGUCAUCCACAUCAGAUCAUAAACUUUUAACCUUAGGUCUGGAUGAGUUUACUCGUAAACUUACCCCGGACGAUGCACGCAUCCUUGUCGACCUCCUGAAACUCUCGGUGGCUGGUCGAGUCGGGGUAAAAGGUCGGGAAACGUUAUCAGAGGUCCUCACAAGCCUAGCCAAGCUCAACUCUGCAGUGGCAGAAAUGCUUCUGGAGUUGUGUGUGACUGAGUUGGAGGACGUGGCAGCCGAUCAGAACUCGGGACGCAACCUCGCAAUGCCUGUCGUGCAGGAGAGUCCACAUCCAUACACGGAUGACACAUCAUUGGCUGGACAUGUGAAAAUACCAGGGGCAAAGUCUCUGAGGAUUGAGUUUGAUCGACGCUGUUCAACUGAGAGACGACAUGACCCACUCACAAUCAUGGACAGAUCGGGCAGGAACUUCACUAUCAGAUCAGGAAGGGAAUGGUCGGACUGGUAUCAAGAACUGCGUAUCCAAGGUGAUGAAAUACGCUGGAAGUUCAUGAGUGAUGGCUCGGUCAACGGCUGGGGCUGGCUGUUCACGGUAUAUCCCAUCAUGCCCGCAGCUGCCCCUGUGGACGUUUUGUCGGACCGCACAGUGCUCUCGCGACCUUCCAUUGACCUCGUGACCUGCCUGCUGGGGUUCAAACUAGAGAUGGACCUGGAGCGAAACAUCAUGGCGCGACUUGCCGGCUCCCUCGCAGCCUGCGCUCAACUUAGCAGUCUCAAUGCCUCCCAGAGGAUGUGGGCCCUUCAGAAGUUGCGUCGUUUGAUCAGUGUGAACUUUGACCAGUCAUUCAACAUCAAUGACCUCCUUGCCUCCCCCCAGCCAGACACAUCGGACCAGGAGCUGUCCAGGCAGUUUUCUGUGCCUCUAUCUGGUACAGCCCUUGCCUCCCUUGUGAAGGGGCUUCCGGAGGCCCUUCAGAGACAGUACGAGUAUGAGGACCCUAUCAUGCGCAGUGGCAAACACCUCAUGCACAGCCCUUUCUUCAAGGUGCUGGUAGCCUUAGCCUGUGACCUUGGCCUGGAUUCCCUCCCCUGUUGCACAGACCUCGCCCACAAGUGGUCCUGGUUCAAACGCUACUGUAUGGCCUCUCGAGUUGUCAACACUAUCGCCAAACGGGAACCUUUGCCUGAACAGUUUGUUGAGGAAAUCUCCAAAAAGAUUCAGGACAUUGGUGAUGAAGGGGAGGUAGUGUCAGGCGACUAUGCAAAUCAUGAUGUCUUUAAACAAGAACACGAUGAACAGCUGCUAUUGUGGAUGAACAGGAAACCAGAAGACUGGACCCUGUCCUGGGGAGGCAGUGGUCAGAUCUGGGGCUGGGGUCACAACCACAGGGGUCAGCUGGGCGGGGUUGAGGGGGCAAAGGUCAAACUGCCUGUCAGUUGUGAGAGUCUGUCAGCGCUGCGCCCAAUACAACUGGUGGGUGGGGAACAGACACUGUUUGCUGUCACUGGAGAAGGGAAGGUGUACGCCACAGGCUACGGUGCAGGUGGCAGGCUGGGAGUAGGCGGUACAGAGUCCAUAACGUCUCCUACCCUACUUGAGUCCAUACAGCAUGUGUUCAUCAAGAAGAUUGCGGUGAACUCUGGGGGCAAGCACUGCCUCGCCCUGUCUGCGGAAGGGGAGGUGUACUCCUGGGGGGAGGGGGAGGACGGCAAACUGGGACACGGCAACAGGAGUCCAUGUGACCGCCCUCGUGUGAUAGAGUGUCUGCGAGGUAAGGAGGUGGUGCACAUAGCAGCAGGGGGCGCUCACAGCGCCUGUAUCACCUCCACGGGAGAGCUGUACACCUGGGGCAAGGGUCGCUAUGGGCGACUGGGACACGGCGACAGUGAGGACCAGUCCAGACCCAAACUGGUUGAAGCCCUGAAGGACCAAAAGGUGUUAGAUGUGGCCUGUGGCAGUGGGGAUGCUCAGACUCUCUGUAUCACCGAGACCGACUGUGUUUGGUCCUGGGGAGAUGGAGACUACGGGAAACUAGGUCGUGGUGGCAGUGAUGGUGUGAAGGUGCCCUUCAAGAUCGACUCCCUACAGGAGCUGGGGGUGAUGAAGGUGGAGUGUGGAUCACAGUUCUCUGUGGCCCUUACCAAGUCUGGGGCUGUCUACACUUGGGGUAAAGGAGACUACCACAGACUGGGUCACGGCACAGACGACCAUGUGCGUCGCCCGAGACGAGUGUCUGCCCUGCAAGGCAAGAAGGUCAUCGACAUAGCAUGUGGCUCCCUGCACUGUGUGGCCUGUACAGACACAGGUGAGGUCUUCUCAUGGGGAGAUAACGACGAAGGGCAGCUUGGAGACAGCACUACCAACGCCAUUCAGCGACCACGGCCGGUCACAGCCCUACAGGGCAAGAAGAUUAACAGAGUGGCCUGUGGUUCAGCGCACAGUCUGGCAUGGUCUACCAACAAACCAGUCAGCGCUGGUAAGUUGCCCACGGUGAUCCCUAUGGAGUACAACCACCUGCAGUCCAUUGCCAUAACGACGCUGCGUAACAGACUGGUCCUCCUGCACCACUUCUCGGAUCUGUUCUGUUCUUCGGUUUCCAUGUUUGACCUGCAAGAGUCUGGGCCGGAAAAAGACAAGUGGGAGAUGACCAGUGGACUGGACAAGCUGCGAGGGGUCAUCGUGUCAAACUCUAAGGAAACAGCCUUCAGAAAGGUUGUUCAGGCCACCAUGGUGAGAGACAAGCAGCACGGUCCUGUCCUGGAGCUCAACCGUAUCCAGGUGAAGCGCGCACGGGCCAAGGGAGGUCUGGCCGGACCAGAGGGCAUCAAGUCAGUCUUCGGUCAGAUGUCACAGCAUAUUGGGGUGUUUGGCACAGACUCCUUGAUGCUUCCACACAGGGUCUGGAAAGUCAAGUUUGUUGGCGAGAGUGUGGAUGACUGCGGUGGUGGCUACAGUGAGAGUAUCGCUGAGAUGUGUGACGAGCUUCAGAACGGUUCCCUGUCCAUACUGAUAGUCACGCCUAAUGGCCGUGAUGAGUCGGGGGCCAAUAGGGAUUGCUACCUCCUCAACCCCAUGCUGUCCUCACCACUGCAUCAGAACAUGUUCAAGUUCCUAGGUAUGUUGAUCGGCAUAGCUAUCCGUACUGGUAGCCCCCUGAGCAUCACGUUGGCAGAGACGGUGUGGAAACAGCUGGCUGGUAUGCCUCUCACCAUCAGUGACCUCACAGAGAUUGACAAGGACUUUGUGCCUGGUCUGAUGUGUAUCAAGGAGAUGUUAGAGCCAGAUCUGAUCCACGCAGACAUGCCCUUUAGUAUCCCCAGCUCCACCGGCCAGGAGAUCCACCUCAGUAACAACCACAACAAGAUCACUGUAACCAACCGGUCCGAGUACAUACGCUUGGCCAUGGAGUACAGACUGGAAGAGUUUGAUGAACAAGUGUGCUGGGUGCGGGAGGGCAUCAGCAAGGUGAUACCUGUCCCUCUGCUGUCCCUCUUCACUGGACUGGAGCUGGAAACCAUGGUGUGUGGCAGUCCAGAUAUUCCCCUGACCCUGCUCAAGUCUGUGGCCACAUACAAGGGUGUGGAUGUGGGGGCCCCGCUCGUGCAGUGGUUCUGGGAGGUCAUGGAGGAACUCUCAAAUACAGAGAGGUCCCUCUUCCUGAGGUUUGUCUGGGGUCGCACUCGCCUGCCCAGGACCAUCGCAGACUUCAGGGGACGUGAUUUUGUGCUCCAGGUGCUGGACAAGUACCACCCAGCAGACCACUUCCUGCCAGAGAGCUACACAUGUUUCUUCCUACUGAAGAUGCCGCGCUACUCCUGCAAGCCCGUCCUCAAGGAGAAGCUCAAGUACGCGAUCCACUUCUGCAAGUCCAUCGACACGGACGACUACGCGCGCGUUGCCCUCACCGGAGAGGAGGAGUCAACGCCCGAGGCCAGUGACGACUCUGAUGAUGACGCCCAGUCAUAUUCGGAUGGAGAAAUUUCGGAUGGCAGCGUCUGAACAGCUUAACAAAAUUAUAGUUGAUGCUUUAGAUGCUAUUAGAACGUGUUGGUUUUAUUUACAGUUGUGUGCACAACUUUUUGAACAAUUUCGAAUGGUCAAUCACCUAUGUAGAACUAGUUUUAAAUUUAAUUUAGAAAUAUGGCAACAAAAGAUGAAAAUAUGUUAGGUGUGCAUGUGUUUGAUAAGUAGCUUAUUGUCAUCUAUGUCAAGCAGUGUUCACUGCUAUAUUCUGCAUUGUGCCAGUUUUCUUUACUUACUAUAUGAAUGUUAUAAGCUUUGAUGUGUUAACUGAAUGUAAAAAGUUAUUUUUUUAUCAUUUAAUCAAGGACAAUUGGUUUAGCCAUGUUGUUUUGAUCUAAUGAUGGUGUGUUUCUGAACAUUAGCGGCUUCAGCUUGUUCUCUUAUUUUCCGGUGCUGUCCUUUUGUUAUAUUUGUGGUUUUCUUUUAAUUGUGAUUGUGUACAUGAAAAAGUAGUUCCUUACAUUUGUUUUUCAAAAACUGUAAUUGGGGCAUUGAUUGAUUUUCUCAUGUUGUAAGAGUUUUGUGAUAUGUUAUUCUUCCAAUAGUUUAUGUAAAUUAUUUUUUAAGGUGCAUUUUUAUACCAAAGUUUAUCAGUUGCACUUAAAUAAUUUUCAUAAUAUAUAUUGCUGAUAGUGAGAUCAUAAUUGCUCUAUUCCUAUUUCAGUAUUGAAACACAUGUGUGAGUUUGAUGAGCAACAAGCAGGGUUGGUAUACACAAAACUCCUACGGGAAACCUAGUUGUACUUAAAUGAACAUUUCAAGUUGAUGGUGUUGUAAAACAUUUUUAGAACUCAAUAUGCAAUAACCCUUUCCCACUCAGAAGCAAAGUGAAAAUGGCUAUGUGCUAAAAGGAUAAAACCAGAACAGGAUUUAUGCUGUUUGCUGCUCAUCAAUAUCGAACGGUUGGAAAUGAAGCCUUUAAAACUUGAAUCUAGUAAGAAAGGUUUUCAAUUAAAUUUAACUUUCUAAGGAACCACAAAUGCGACAAAAUACGUAUCUAAAUGGUUAAGGGUUAAUCAAAGAUUUGAGACAACUUUCAUGAACUUAGGAUCUGUCUUGAAGUCUAUAAUUCUCUAAAUUAAUUAUGAGUUCUGCAUGUGCCUAAAGUAUAGUCAGAUUCACCUGUACAGAAAUCAAGGACAACACUUUCGGCUUCUAUGGAAUUCUUUCUUUAACUAGAAGUCACAUCUAAAUGAAAAUUCAGUCAGGCAGAACGUGUUGUCUCUGAUUAGCCUUGUGGGUAUUGCUAAUAUGGCACGAUAUUCUUUUCAUAUGCGUUAAGCCCGGUUUUCCAAUACUGCGGUUUGUAUAUGUAUAUAUUGUAAUGAGCUUUAAAAUCAUGUUCACUUGAUCAUAUUGUAUCCUACUGUUUUGUGAACCCUGUCUUUAUUAUUAAUUUUGCUUUAGUGUGUGAAUAGUUAUUAUUUAUUCUGAAUCUUUUUUUCAAAUUGAAGAAUAAACAUUUUGAUAAGUUCUGUGUAUAUGGUGUUCAUAUAUACGUGUGAGUACAUUGAUUCAGUAUAUUUAUGUAAGAAAGGUAUAUGAAUGUGCUGAAGUUUUCCAUUCUAAGCCAUCACCACAAAUUAUAUUGAAUUUCCCAUAAUUAUUCUAAGAGGUCAUUUUUGUAUCUUGUUUAUUUGUACACUACAUAAUUUGGAAGCAUACAAGAACAAAACCAAAGUAUCUCCCAUCAUGUAUGUAUACUAAGCAGUCACAAAUGGUUGCUUGAAUGAUAUUUCAGAAUUAAUUGAUGUUUUGAGCACAGUAUUUUAACAUUCCAUUGCAAAGUUUAUAUUUAUGGGCAAACUGCUUGCGGAUUGGAUAUUUGAAUCUUGUAGAUAUUUAUACAAGCUUCUCAUGGGGCAGUUAGAGUGAAGACCUGUAGCCAUAUUUUUGGAUUUCAGGUUGUUAGCUGAUACAAUAUUUUCGUGAUAAACAAUAUUUCUGCUUUGCUUAGUGACAUUCUUUUUGCCAUGUUUUGUUUCGUUGAAGACAUUAUGCUGAAUAAAGAUCAAUGUAAGCAGUU